AUGCUAAAACAAACUCGAACAAUCAGACCAUUAGGCUUUUACAAUGAACAGUUACAGAAGAAUCCACUGCUAGUGAAAGCAAUCACUGGAGCUGUUUUAUCUGCAACAGGCGAACUGAUCAGCCAAUCGACAGCAGCUGCAAGCUCUCAGAGAGAUGAAAAACUGAGCACUUUAAAGGAAAAGUUGAAAUAUAUCACGUCAGUCCCCAAGUACAAGAAGAUUUUUAUGAUGCUCUUGUAUGGUGGCCUAAUCAAUGCUCCAAUCAGUCAUUACUUAUACAAGUGGAUCACAGUAGUGACCAACAAACAUGUUGUAGCGAAAUGGAGGCGUUUGGCCCAACUUUGUGGGUCGUGGCUAGUUGUGAGCCCAAUCCAGGUGUUCUUUCUGGUUAUUGCAUUGACAAUUGUGAACAUCGAGCAACGACUAAGUGUUAAUAAAUGCAUGACAUCAAUUAAGGAGAGUCUGAAAAACAAAUACACUCCAAUGCUUACUAGCAGUAUAGUAAGUUCGACAGUAUUUGUGUCCUUAGCUCAGCAAUUGAUUACACCCGAAAAGUGGUCCGUAUUUCUCAGCUUUGCUUAUGCUGGGUUAAAUACUGCCCAAAAUAUCUACAUGAAGCUAGCACCGGCAAAAGAACAAGCGAAAGAAACCGAAGAGCUUGAGAAGUCAUCUGAAGAGAAGGAGAAUUGA